AUGUCUCUCAAGUCCCUCUUCGUUUCGGCACCGUUGCUUUGGCGCGGUGUUACCGCACUCCCUGCUGGCCCUGGUUCCUGGACACAUGGAAACUCGACGAUUGUGUCUUCUUCGGACUUCAGUGCUGCGGCGGCAUACAACCUGAUUGAUACGUAUGACGCUAGUAACUGGGCGAGCAAGUUCAACUUUGAAGAUAUCGCUGAUCCCACGCACGGCUUCGUCGACUAUGUCACUUUGCAACAGGCGCAACAAUAUGGACUAUUUAAGACGCAGAACAAUCAGGUAUACAUGGGCGUAGACUCCACCUCCACUCUCAACCCCAACGGCCCGGGAAGAAGGAGUGUCAGAAUACAAAGCAAGACAGCGUACAACCGCGCUCUCGUCAUUGCAGACUUUGCCCAUGUUCCUGGUAGUGCAUGUGGCUCUUGGCCCGCCUUCUGGAUGGUCGGUCCCAACUGGCCUAACCAAGGCGAAAUCGAUAUCUACGAAGGCGUCCACCUCUCGAGCUCCAACCAAGUAACCCUGCAUACAUCCCCCGGUUGCAAUCCCUCCAUCGGCCCCGGCGGAGAAACCGGACGUCGUCUCGCAGGCGACUGCGGCGCCGACGGUGGCUUCAACGGCUGCGGCAUCCAAGCCGACAACCCCGUCUCGUUCGGCACGCCCUUCAACGCCAACGGCGGCGGCGUCUACGCCACCCUCUGGACCAGCUCCGGCGUCAAAGUCUGGUACUUUGCAACUCGCAACAUCCCUGCCAACAUCAAGUCCGGGAACCCAGACCCCUCGGCUUGGGGCACCCCGAUUGCGAAUUUCGGAAACAAUGGAUGCGACUUCGAUGCCAAGUUUCGCGACUUGAAUAUCGUGUUCGAUGUUACGUUUUGUGGCGAUUGGGCGGGAGGGGUUUGGGGGUCCACGACUUGUGCGCAGGUUAAUCCAAGUUGUGUGGCGUAUGUUGCGAGUCAGCCGCAGAACUUUUCGGAGUCGUACUGGCUCAUCAACUCGGUCAAGGUCUACAGUGUUUAG